AUGGGGUUCAUGCUACGGGUGAGGCUGGCCUCCUUCUUCGCCGGCGCGGCUGCCGCCGCCGCGGGCGGGGGCUACUUCCUCUACAAGGACUACAAGCUCGCCAACGAGUCCAUGGCCCUCAAGCGGAAACUUUUAGCCUUUGUUAAAUUCCUCUCGGCACUGCAUGAUUCUGGCUGUGUCGAAGGAAAAGCAUCUGACCUUGACAAUGCAUAUCCUCAGGUGAAAGGUCUCCAAGACUCUACUGACACUCGCUACAAAGCCCUUGAAAAGCGACUCGCUGCUUUGGAAGGUCAGCGAAGCACUGGGGCUGCACCAGACGUGGAUACACCAUCUGAUUAG